CCCUGGGGCAUCCAUCAGUUUUCUAUUAACAUGGGACGCGCACUAGCAAACCCAGGCAUUUGGGUUUGGUUCUUAUCUGGAAAUGCCGUACUGAGCGAAGCCGUUCCUUUGCCAGUCAUUAAUGAAAGUCCACGGAAGCGUGACACCUGCGGUUUCGAUGGGAAUCCUGACCUCUAUGGUCUUGGUAUCCGCCUCGGUAUUUAUCUCCAAUGGAUCUCGUCUUCUCUGAUCUAUGGCCUGGACCUAGAUGGUCGUGAUGAAAUAAUGCAGAACUACGCCGUGUUUACUAUCGCUCUUACAAUUGCAGUUAUCGUUAUAACUGUCCAGUCAGAGCCUACAUUUGCUGUCGAAAUUUUCGUCCUCACAUACAUUAUCUUUGGUGGCGCAUACACGGUGUUAAUCAGUGGAUUUGGGAGGCCCAAUAUCCUAAUGGACUUUCUUGUCGGACGGAAGGAGCAAAAACUGAGGGCGAUUACCGUUAUGGGAGCCAUUGCAGCUGGGAGCAUCUACUGCGGCUGGUUUUGGCUCCGUGGGAUAUUCAACAACUUUCACGAAACGCCGUGCGGCACGCACGGGUUUCUUUUCGCCAAGGUGUCAUUAUUUGACCCGUCCGUAAGAAGGUUCUUCGCAUUUUUGUCAGUUUUACUGGCACUAUCAUACACUGUCGGGCCACUUUACCUACGUUAUGUUCAUCGGAUAUUAAAGAUAAUCAGGAAGCUAGAACCAAAGGGUAUUGGAGGAUCUGCAUUCCUUUCUCUACACGAUUUCACUCCAAAGACGACUAAUCAUAUCGAGCCUACCUCGUCAAUGAUCGCCGCCAUUUUGAGCGCUAGUACCCUGAUAUAUUCAAUUUUGGGGAUAGAGUUAACCCUUUACUGGAAUUCGAUCCGAGGGGUAUACUCGAUCAAGACUACAGGUCAAUUGAUACCAUUCGUCAUUGGAGUUACUGGUUUUAUUAUUGUUCUUCUCAACAUCCUCACAAAUUUUAGAGGGAAACAUUCGGAUGCAGAUAAAGCUACGACAGCUAAUGAACGACUGCAGUAUCUGGAUCUUGCAGGUUCGUUUACCUCUGAAUCGGUGCAACGCAGUCGCCGCUACUGGCGCAAAUGGAGAUUACUGAGAAGAGUUGAAAAAGGGAAGAGUUAGGAGAUUAUUUCACGUCGCUGUGACUGGCUGAAAGCUCCCGAUGCAACUAUUAAUCAUAACGCUGCCUGCGCUAAGCGGCACGCAGGGACAGGCCUAUAGUUUAUAAAUGUCGACCUAGAAACAUACUGUAUUAAGUUAAAGUUGGUAGUCUAGACACCUUUUUAGCUGUUAGAGACCUAGAGAGAAAGGAGACAUCAUCGACAUGCUUGAUUCUUAGAAGAAACUCCGAGACGAAGCUAUCUAAGAGCUCUGAGUGUUAUGUGUGACGCUAGACCUAAAUGGAGAAUCCAACAUUAGCUUAGUGGUUAUUUUACUCGAUAAUAAAUAGUCAUCAAAAGCCAUUUGCACAUGUGAAGCAACAGUGAAAAUAAGAUAAUUUAGGCAACGAUAAUCCGGUAAAGCCGUCGAUUGAUGUUGUUGCUGUUGUUUUCUGGUUAUACAGAUAGAACUUGAAAAGAUGUCCUACUGCUUAUAUCCUUGUCAGGCUGUG